GGUGUGGCCGCUUUGCGAUGCUUAAACAUUUUCAUUCGUGAUUUCUCCGUUGAGGUGUUCAGUUGUCUGGUUCUCGUGCUCUGAGAAAACUAAAAAAGUUAUUUAAUUUUUAAGUACAAAGUAUUAAAAAAAGUAAUUAAUUCAAUAUGAGAGAAAUUGUACAUAUUCAAGCCGGUCAAUGCGGUAACCAAAUUGGUGCAAAGUUCUGGGAAAUUAUUUCUGAUGAACAUGGUAUCGAUAGUACCGGUGCCUAUCAUGGCGACAGCGAUUUGCAGUUAGAACGCAUCAACGUGUACUACAAUGAAGCGUCUGGUGGAAAAUAUGUGCCACGUGCCGUUUUGGUAGAUUUGGAACCAGGCACUAUGGAUUCAGUGAGAUCUGGUCCAUAUGGUCAAUUAUUUAGGCCAGAUAAUUUUGUUUUUGGUCAAAGUGGUGCCGGUAAUAACUGGGCGAAAGGACAUUACACAGAGGGUGCCGAACUCGUCGACUCUGUUUUGGACGUUGUACGAAAGGAAGCUGAAUCAUGCGAUUGCCUGCAAGGUUUCCAAUUGACACACUCACUUGGUGGUGGUACUGGCUCAGGUAUGGGUACACUACUUAUCUCAAAAAUUCGCGAAGAAUACCCCGACAGAAUCAUGAACACCUAUUCAGUAGUACCAUCACCAAAGGUGUCAGAUACCGUUGUCGAACCAUACAAUGCCACUCUAUCAGUUCAUCAACUUGUAGAAAACACCGAUGAGACCUACUGUAUCGAUAAUGAAGCUUUAUAUGACAUUUGCUUCCGCACAUUGAAACUCACCACACCAACAUAUGGCGACUUGAACCAUUUAGUAUCAUUAACAAUGUCUGGUGUAACUACCUGCCUGCGUUUCCCUGGUCAACUGAAUGCCGAUUUAAGAAAAUUGGCUGUAAACAUGGUACCAUUCCCACGUCUACAUUUCUUCAUGCCUGGCUUUGCACCAUUGACAUCAAGAGGUUCACAACAAUACCGUGCAUUGACUGUGCCAGAAUUGACACAACAAAUGUUCGAUGCCAAGAACAUGAUGGCUGCCUGUGAUCCACGUCAUGGUCGUUACUUGACUGUUGCUGCUAUCUUCCGUGGUCGCAUGUCAAUGAAGGAAGUCGACGAACAAAUGCUCAACAUUCAAAAUAAGAACAGCUCAUACUUCGUUGAAUGGAUUCCAAACAAUGUCAAGACAGCCGUUUGCGACAUACCACCAAGAGGUUUGAAAAUGUCAGCCACCUUCAUUGGUAACUCAACUGCCAUCCAAGAACUCUUCAAGCGCAUUUCUGAACAAUUUACUGCUAUGUUCCGUCGCAAGGCUUUCUUGCAUUGGUACACUGGCGAGGGUAUGGACGAAAUGGAAUUCACUGAAGCUGAAAGCAACAUGAACGAUUUGGUCUCUGAAUAUCAACAAUACCAAGAAGCUACAGCUGAUGAAGAUGCUGAAUUCGAAGAAGAGCAAGAGGCUGAAGUUGAUGAAAACUAAGAACAUCUCUAAUUAUAGAAAAAAAAUAAAACAGAAACUGCUGAAAUAAAAUUAUUUAUUAACCUAAGUAAAAAGUGAAUGAAAUCAAAUCUCUAAAAGGCAUUGUUAAUUCUUUUUUUUAUUAACACAAAAAAUAAAAAGUCAACUAAUUUCGAUUAAAAUAAA